AUGUGCAUCGAGGCUCUAUCCUUCAUGGCUUGCAUGGAGAUUCUUGACCCAGAAAGGUGUGAGAGAGUGAAUGAGAUUGCGGAGGUGGAUGUCUGGAUCAAUGAUCUCGUGGCUCUGCCAUUCGAGUUCUUCAAGAGAAUCAUAGGGUCACUGAGGAGACAAGGGAUGAAAGAAAAGUACGUCACUCCAAUUAUUGUGUUGUAUGCAAGCAAUUGGAUUUUGUUCUCUAAGAGAAGUGCAGAAAUCGACAGCAAUUCAGCCUCGAUGUUGCAAAGCAUUCUUGAUCUACUGGCCCUGAGAGGAAGGGGUAGCAGAGCAGUGCCUAUGGGAUUCUAUUUCACUUUGCUCUCCAAAUCAAUUGAACUCGGUCUGGGGAAUGACAACAAGGCAAAACUGCAAGAUCAGAGAGCUACUCUGCUGCAAUUCGCUCAAGUGGAGGGGUAUCUUUACCCCGAGAAAAGAUCAUCUGAUUCAUCAUCAAUCUCUUCCAGCGAGGAAGUGAUCGUCAUGGAGGAAAUAUUUUAUGGAUAUGUGAUGUCUUCGGCGAGCCAUACUCCUUCGACAAGCGGUUCACUUGUUGCAGAGCUAUGGAAUUAUUAUCUAUCUCACAUCGUCUCUGAUCCAAAAAUGGAACCAAAAAGAUUCACUGAGUUGUUAGAGACAACACCUAUUUCUUGGAGACAAAGCCACGAUCAACUCUACCGAGCUAUCAACAGUUUCCAUCAAGCGCACCAAGAUUUAAACCACGACGAAAAGGCAGCAGUCUGCAAGUACCUCAACUGUCAGAAGCUCUCUCAAGAGGCGUGUGUGGAAGCAGUUCAAAACGAUAUGCUACCUCUGAGAUUGAUCGUCGAGAUUCUCUUCAUUCAGUAG